GCUAUAUUAUAAAAUGAAGAUAAUGAAUAAAUUAUAGGUAAAUCUACUUUAAUAAGAGUGUCAUAUGGAAGUGAAAAGGCUGUGAAUGAGACUUGUUGCUGUGUCUGCUGGGCGGGUCUAAAUGCUGCUGUGUGUCUCCAUGCGGGGGGUGUCAAUUGAAGGGGAGGAAAAAAAAAAAAAAAAAAGAAGGGAGUGAAGGGAGUUACCUCUCAGCAGCAGCAGAGAUAUGAGACCGGGCCAUUUUCCACUCGGUCCGCUUUUCUAUUAAAAGAAGGAAAAAAAUCACGAAAAUCACUGGGUGGAGGAAAAAAAGAAGAAGAAGAGAGCACAGCAGCAGCAGCAGCAGGAGCGUCAUUAUUAUUAUUCUACUGCUGGAGGAUCUGUCGGUCGGUGUGUCUGUGCGUGUUUUUACGUCGCUCGGUGCGUGUUUACGGUGCAUGCACAGUAUCUCCUCUGCGCGUGUUUACAAGUUGUUUGAACGAAGAGCCACAAACCUGAGAGGAGGGAAGGACGAGAAAGACCGAGGAAGGAAGGAAGGAAGGAAGGAAGGAGGGAUGGUGGACAAUUCAAGCAGUAGUAAGGCACAAAUGCCCAGCAUGUCUCAGGAACCUGGUGUGGCCUUUCCUCAGAGCGCCUCUACAGGGGGGAUGAAGCUGGAGGCGGUAAUGGAGCAGCUCCAGCGCCAGCAGCAGGCCCGGCUGGAAAUGGAGCGCAAGGAGAGGAAGCUGCGAGAGGCCCACAUCAUGUAUGCCCAGCAGGUAGCCGCCCAGCAGGCCAUCCUGGCGGCUGCCCGGGCUUCUGGGGCCAGCUUCAUGGGCAAAGGCCUGGCUGGAGUUGUCCCCGGUGUUGGGUUGCCUCCCAGGGUCUCCAAUCAGAGCAGCGUGGACUCGGAAAGAGAGGAUGACGAGGACAGAGGCCGGUAUUCUGGGGAUGAGGACGACGACAAUGAGAUGAUGGAGGGGGACGAGGGCAGUGACGAGGAUGAGGCAAGUGCCAGCGGUCUGGAGUUCCUCCGCAAGCAGACCCUCGCUUUGCAGCAGAGUGCGUCCCGCAUCCCGGCCCGUCCGUACGGCAGUUACUCCGCGUCGGCCCCCCAGAGGGCUGCAUCCCCACCUAUCAGAGUGAAGCAGGAACCUGACGAGGGCCUGUCUCCAGCGGGGCCUCACUCUGCUACCUCUCCAAACGGACAGGCCGACUGGGGAUUAGACGAUCACUUCAGACAGAAUGGGAGUGCAGGCUGGGCGGAUGAGGCUGACAGUAACAGAGGAAGAGGAGAGGCCUCCAGAGACUUUGCUAAGUUGUAUGAACUGGACAAUGACCCCAAAAGGAAGGAGUUUUUGGAUGACCUCUUCACCUUCAUGCAGAAACGAGGAACACCAGUCAAUCGUAUCCCCAUCAUGGCCAAGCAGGUCCUGGAUCUGUAUAUGCUGUACAAGCUGGUGACGGAGAAGGGAGGCCUGGUGGAGGUCAUCAACAAGAAGAUCUGGAGAGAAAUCACAAAGGGACUCAACCUGCCUACCUCCAUCACUAGUGCAGCUUUCACUCUGCGCACACAGUACAUGAAAUACCUGUACCCGUUCGAGUGCGAGAGGAAAGGCCUCAGCUCCCCAGGUGAGCUCCAGGCCGCCAUCGACAGUAACCGGCGUGAGGGUCGUCGUCCGAGCUACAGCAGCAGCCUCUUCCGCUUCUCCCCCUCUCCCAGCACAGCUCCCCACAUCCUCUCACCUCCCAAGAUGCACCUCUCAGCUUUGGGGGCAGGGGCCUCGGGGGCCUUCAACGGCCUCCAUACCUCACCAGGACACUCUCUGAAGAAAGAUGACCUUGCCUCCUCCAUCAUGGCAGCGAGACCCUCCAUGGCACUAGCCCUAGGUCACCAUCAGGUGGCGGGUUUGGCAAGAGCCGCCACGCUGGAGCAGCUGAGAGAAAAGCUGGAGACCGGCGGCGGAGGAGAGGGGCCAGAGAGGAAGAUGGCCCGCCUGGCGGAAGAGCAGCAGCGCCUGAUGCAGCAGGCUUUCCAACACAACCUGCUGGCCAUGGCUUCCCAGAUGCCCAUGAACCUGCGCUUGGGAGCCCCCACCAUCACCACCAGAGAAGAAAGGCAGCAGGACAUGUCUCUGAGCAUCUCAACCAAUGGAAAUGCCAGCAUCACUGUCUCAGUGGAAGUCAAUGGCACAAUCUACUCAGGAACCCUGUUUGCCCAGAAGUCUGGCGGGGCCCCGGGCCCCUCUGUGUCGGCUGCUGCUGCUUCAGCCUCCCCCGCUGGAACCAGCACUAGCUUUGGCUUCUCUGCACCCCUGGCUCAGACCCUCAGCCCCACGUCCUCCUCCUCCUCCAAGGGUUCCGGCUCGGCUGAGCAAGCCCCCAGCGGGUCACCCUAAAACUCAGGCUGCCCUUUGUACCUGCUCCCCAGGCCUCUCUUCCACCGGGAGGCCCAGCAAGAAUACAGUACAAUGAGAAACCCGCUAAGAAUAACAAACUGUUGCACAACAAAUACCUCAUCAACCCUGUCAACCUCUUGGCUGUCCAAUCAUGAACACAGAGCCCAAGAAUAUUAUAUGACAGCACGUGCCCAAAACGCACAGCUAUGCAUUUUAUUCAACAGACAAACACAUACACGCACUACACUACAAACACACACACAAUUAUACACGUACAGACACACAAUCGACACACAGACACUUGUUAAUCCUAAUGUACAUGCUAAACACAAUCAGCUCAGCCAAAACCCACUGACAGGUGUAGUCACAACUGAACUUGAAAAGUUUUAUCUUAGGAUGUUUUUUGUUUGUUUGUUGCCAUUUUGUUGUCUUUUUUUUUUUUUUUGAUUUUGUGUUUUUAGAAUGAUUUUGUUUUUAGUUUUUUUUUUCUCUUUUUACAUACCUCAAAUCAAGUAACCUGCAGUGGUGUCUUUACCUCAGGAGCUGUAGUAUAUUUAACCUGAAUCAACUUUAUUUUUAUAUUCUUUUUGACCUAGUUGCAAUCAGGGGAGGUCGGGUAACUCUCGCCAGUGGAACCUCAUGUACAGAGCAGCACCCACCUCACAGUCGCAGGCCUCCAACCUUGGCCGCUCAGGUUUCUUCAACACACUGUAGACUCUUUGCUCAACCCAAAACUGGUGAAUGAUCAGAUGCUGUAGAUCAGCACAUUAAAUAAUUUCAUAACUCCGCCCUCAGUUCAGAUAAGUCCGUUAUAUUGGUUGGAAGGUUAUUGAUGUACGCAAACCUCCCAAUACGGACGUGAUUUCAUCAAACUCUCACUAGCAAUGCACAAGAUUUUUAUGUCCACCUAAAAUUCAACUUAUUGCAGGUCCGCACAAACUGUCUUUAAACACGUAGCGCACAAAGUUGGGGGGAACGGCAACGCUAAUCCACCCACAGCAGGCCUCAUUUCUCCACCCGGCUCCUGUCUACGUUACAGAGAGGUAGCAGAGAAUCAGGUUUGUUGCCCCCCCCCCCCCCCCCCCCACACACAUUUUAUUUGUGCAUCCUUCCUCCAGCCACAGAGCUGAACAUCAACCUGACAGCGUCAUCAUAGUUCUCAGGCGUCGUUCCGGCCUCUCUGCUCUGGAGGGCAUCUCUCUCAGGAAGCAACGUGACAACUGCAAGGAAUCGCUGUUUAAUUUAAAGAAAAGAAGAAGGGAUUCGUACCUGAAGAAUGCACAAGUCUACACGGCUGUUCAAGAAUACCUCAGACUCUCCCAAAAAGGAGAGCUACACUACAUACCUCAUACGGCUGCAAAGCCACCAAGAAGACUUAACGCCGCAACCCGUGAUGGACAUCCUACCUGAACUGACGUGAACGUACCGACACACUGCUGGUGGUUUUUGGGGACAAACGGAACCGGGAUGGGCUCGCUAUCUCUCUCCUCCUGUGUUCACAUGUAUAACUUGUUUUAUGCUUGCUUCCUUUCUUUUCUUUUUUUGGUUCCUCAAGUUGUUGUCUGAGAAGAGUGAUAUAUCUGCUUUUUUUCUUUCAGGGAAGAGGAAACGAAUAGUUAGUUCCUCGCUGACACUUCUAGAUUUGUAGGAUUGUGAACGGGUUUCAAAGUCGCGGGGGUCAGAAAGAUUAAAAACAAUCGACCAUGUUAACCUUAAAUUUGACUGUGAGCACCUGAAUCACGGUCAACGCGUCUUUUUUUUUUUUCCACAACAGCGGCGAAAUGAUAUGCAUGUGUACAAUCAUGUGACCAGCGUUUUGACACCCCGAUCUUCUGGUUCACGUUAGCCUCUGGUUAUUGCACAGCUAGAUACCAAAGACUAGCCAGGUCGCUCCUCUUGAUUUAUCCCUCGUACAAUCCUGCCAACACCUUCUGUGGUGCACAGUAAGGCAGUUCAAGGUCUGUUUUGGACUGCAUCUCAUUUAAUCUGAUUUUGAGUUUUUUCUUAAAGCAAGUGAAAAUAUCACUCGGUUUAGUGAGGUGAGGUAAAUUCCUGUAUUUCACUUUUUACGGCAUAACUUGAUUGUUAAAUACAUUUAUGACUGGAUGAAAGACUCAAAAUCUGAUUACACGACAUGUACAGUUAGCAGAUAUUUAAUUAGUUAUCCAGAACAGUAGCCCAGAUGCUGUGGCUUUCCUGUGCUCUCUCCAUAAUUUAAUCCUUUACAUUUAUGGGGGCUGUUUUUUAACACCCAGUGUGGAUGCACGCCCUCUCCACCGGUGUGGACGGAGGCCCAAAAGCCCUGGCCCCUUUAUUAAAACACCCACGUUCUGAUAAUCCAGAAACACCUGGAUUAUCCCUUCACUUGUAAUGUAUUUUUCUCCCUUUUAAAGUCAAUUUUUAGCAUUUUGAAAUACCAACAAAGGAUGAAUUUUCUAGCUUUAUCCGUGUUGAAUGUGAGGCAUUUUAACCGUUUAGAAACCUCUCUAAGCCCAGUGUGAUCCGAGGUGGGCCGCCUUGUUGCUUUUACUAGACUGUAUUUUAGCCAUUACGUGUCAGGUUUUGCAGAUGUUUUGCAGUGCAGAUCACAGUCGAGGGUUUUCAGGACGGCGGCGGUGGUCCUCUUGGUGUACUCUUCAGAACCCUGUAUGACACAUAACUGUAUUUUAUAAAGGUGAGAACUGUAGAUGCUGCCUUAAAGUAGUUGCUGGUGAGAUCCGGCCAGUUUUCACUAACUCGACUGGCUGGGAAAAUGUCCUUCUCUUCAAGCUUAAUCCUUUGGAGAGUAAUCACAUUUUAUUUUGUUAAACAAUUCAAUCAGACGUUAGACACCAGUUGUCAUUCAUGCUGUUGGUAACAACUGAGUUUGGCUAUUUAUUUGUGUGUGUAUUUUUUCUUUUCUUUUUUCGUCCUGGUGGACCUUGUUUUUAGUAACAGUUGAGCUUAAUCCUUUAGGCUGCGUUACUGAAACAUCUUCUUGUUUCUAAAGUCCAGGCUUUCUGUUUCAUCUGCUUAGUCUAAGCAAUGACUGUUUGAUAGUGUAGCUUCACUGCCUUUGUGUGUGCGUGCGUGUGUGUGUGUGUGCGUGUGAGUGUGUGCAAGCAGGUUCAGUAUACAGUAUGUGGUUGCAGUUCUACCAUGUGGAGUAUCCCACCUACAUACACUUGUAAUACCAUUAGGGGUACAGCAGGUGGCGCCACUUCCACGUCUAUUAUAUCACAGGAGGAGGUUAUUGCUCAAACAUAUGAGUUUUGAUGACAUUUGUAGAAAUCUUUAAUUAAAUGGGGUCCAUCGAGCUCCCAUUUAGUGUACUGGGAACUUCCCAUUACACCCACUAGUCGUCUUCUGCAUUUGAAUGGCACUUUGCGGUUCGUUGUUUAGGGAGUUGAAAGUAUUGAGGGUUGGUCAUUCACUUCUCCUCUCUGAUCUCUGGGCUUCAAGCCAGCAACCCCUCCCCGGUCACCUCACCAAGCUCUUGCCCCCUGAUUUGCUGUGUGGAUGAGUAUAUAUGAUGUGUUGUGUGCCUGUGAGCCUGCAUGUGUGUGUGUGCGUGAGUGUGUGUGUGUGUGUGUGUGUGUGUGUGUGUGUGUGUGUGUGUGUGUGUGUGUGUGUGUGUGUGCGUCUAUUAGAGACCGCCCCUACCUCGUCAUACCACAAUACCUCAGGGCAGUGGGCUGCAGUCACUGUUGCGUUCGAUAUUGAAGCUGCAUUGGGGGGACGAGUGCUGACGGAAGCUGCGGUCACUUCGCUGAAUGCAACAUUGGUUUUGGUUUUGCAUUUUUUUGAAUUUGUGUCGUCAGUAACUGUAGGCGAGGUCUCGUCACUCAGGAAGCUGUGAAGUUGGAAGUCUGCAGAACCUUUUGUCUCUCAGAUGAUUUUGGAGUUAAUUCAGUUUUAAAUUGUUUAAAAGAACUAACCUGAUCUGUGUAAAAACAGGCGCAUAUGCAAGUGGUUAUCGAAUACCUCAUUUAUCAAUUUUAUGUUGUUGUUGUUUUUGGCUUGUACAAUGCUCCGUAUAUUAAUUCAACUGUGGGGUUUGUGCAUAUUUUUGUACUGUUAUUAUUAUUAUGGACAUGGUAAUAAUGAUAUUACUGAUAUUAUAGUUUUCUCUUUGAUUAAAGCAAACAAAAAAAUAGGACAAAACACAUGAAUGCUUGUAAAAACUGGUUUGUGCUGAUUGUAUUUAAGAGGAGCACUUUUCCAAAGUGGUUUUCACACAUUCAGUUUUGUUCAUAUUAGUAAUAUAAAGAUAUGGUUCUCAGGGCUUUAAACUUGUAUGUCAUGAUAAAGUUUUACUUUAUAUCUUA